CCGUUUGGCAGUCCGCCACCGCUGUCGGCCCCCGAAGGCCAGUGUUCCCAGUUCCCACCAGGUCGGCGGGAGCGUUCACACUGCACUCUGGAGGCCCGAGAGCUGGCCAACUCAGUACUCACUCGUCGUCUCGCUGCAGACCGGCACACAACCCCGAGAGGUCAUCGCGGCCAACAUGAAAACAACUCUUGAAUUCGCCUUGGUUGUGAUGGGCAUUCUGACGGUGAUUACGGACGGAGCUGCCGUCGGUCACAGCCAAUUCAUCGUUACGGGCGGAGGCCACCUCGACGGACCUUUCGGCGUUGUCGCUCGCAGAGGUACUCCCGAUUCUCCACACUGUUUCGAGGACCGUUUUGUGCUGAAGAGGACAGGUUUUAGAAUGCGCUCCAGUUAUGUUGACAAGACUCUACUGGUAUCUUCUGUGAGCGACUGUGAGCGGGCGUGCACGGACAGCCUGGACUUCAUCUGCGAGGCCUUCUCCUUCUCCUACGGCCACAGUGCCUCGCGCCUGGCGUCCAGCAGCGCGUCUGCCGACAACUGCGAGCUCUCGGGCGGCCACCCGCGCCGCCCCGACUCGCCUGAUGUCUACAAACUCGAUCGGGACUACGACUACUACGAGCGUGUGCGCGUCGAGGACUGCAUGUAGCUGUGCAGCUGCUCCUCAACCUGCUCCUGUCGGACGGCGGCGACGAGGGCGGAUUGGACCGCAGAGGCGACGUAUUUGGAUCUGGUGAUCAUCCCGAAGGAAAUUUUUUAAGCAGAUGAUCCUCGCGUUCACCUGCGCGUCUAACCGUGAAGUUUCACCUUUAACCUGGUGGUGACCCAACAGUAGGUCAGCAGUCCCAGUGGUAACCCAGAAGUAACAUCGGUCUUACCCAGUGGUUGCACAGAGAUUUCACGACUAGCCUAAUUGCAGUGAAGCGAAUGAUCGCUCACCUAUGCAUCGACCUUUUGUAUCGACUGUGAUUUUAUGUUUUAUCUUGAAUAUACUGACGAGUUAACCCGGCAGUUGCUGGGGUAUUCCGCCA